CACAUUCCAUAAAUUGCGUUACUUUUUCUCGUCCAAUAUUCCAUUAAAGGUGAGUGUGUGAGUGAGUGAGGUAAAGCACAAAACCACACCCAGAACCUUCUCUUUCCUCUCCUGUGCUUUGCUACUGCUACCAUCACUCAAUCUAUCUAUUUAUACAUCUAAACUCCCACAGUUAGUGAAAACUUGCUGCCACUGCACUCUUUUCACUUUCAGUCAUAAAAGCCUCUGUUCCUCAUUCAGUGUUUUGGAUUGCCAACCCAUUUGGCGAAAGACUCCAUCUUUGAGGGGAACAAUGGGAGGUGGCAAACCCAGAUCAUCCAUUCUCAUUCUCCUUCUCUGUGUCUUCCUUUGUGGUGUUCUCGCAACGGCACAGCAACAGCAACCUAUAAAAACGGUUGUCGUUUUGGUCAUGGAGAACCGUUCCUUUGAUCACAUGCUGGGGUGGAUGAAGGAGAGCGUCAACAAAUUAAUCAAUGGUGUCACAGGAGAUGAAUGCAAUCCGGUUUCCACCAAAACUCCGAGGCAAGAUUCAAUUUGUUUCACCGAUGAUGCUGAGUUCGUGGAUCCGGAUCCGGGUCAUUCGUUUGAGGAUGUUUUGCAACAGGUAUUCGGUUCUGGUUCCAUCCCUUCCAUGAAUGGAUUCGUGGAACAAGCAUUGUCCAUGUCUCAGAACCUCUCUGAGACCGUCAUGAAAGGGUUUAAACCUGACUCUGUGCCUGUUUACGCUGCUUUGGUUAAGGAAUUCGCUGUUUUUGAUAGGUGGUUUUCUUCAAUUCCGGGCCCAACACAGCCCAAUAGACUUUUUGUGUACUCAGCGACCUCGCACGGUUCAACGAGUCAUGUCAAGAGGCAGUUAGCAAAAGGGUAUCCUCAAAAAACUAUCUUUGAUUCUCUGCAUGAGAAUGGCCUGGACUUUGGGAUUUACUUUCAAAACAUACCCACAACUCUGUUCUAUAGGAACCUUAGGAAGUUGAAGUAUGUGUUCAAGUUCCAUCAGUAUGAUUUGAAGUUCAAGAGAGAUGCUAGGAAUGGGAAACUUCCACCCUUUAGUGUGAUUGAGCCUAGGUACUUUGACUUGAAGGGCUUGCCCGCGAAUGAUGACCAUCCAUCUCAUGAUGUUGCACAUGGCCAAAUGCUGGUUAAGGAGGUUUAUGAGGCUCUAAGAGCAAGCCCUCAGUGGAAUGAGACACUCUUGGUCAUUACAUAUGAUGAACAUGGUGGGUUUUUUGAUCAUGUCAAGACUCCUUUUGUUAACAUUCCUAAUCCAGAUGGGAACACCGGACCUGCUCCCUAUUUCUUCAAGUUUGAUAGGUUAGGGGUUAGGGUGCCAACUAUUAUGGUCUCUCCUUGGAUCAAGAAAGGGACUGUGAUAAGUGGAGCCAAAGGACCUGCUGAAAACUCAGAAUUUGAGCACUCUUCUAUUCCUGCCACUAUAAAGAAGAUGUUCAACCUUUCCUCCAACUUUUUGACUCAUAGAGACGCAUGGGCUGGGACGUUUGAGCAUGUUGUUGGGGAGUUAAGUUCACCCAGAACAGAUUGCCCAGUGACUUUGCCGGACGUCACUCCUCUAAGGAUCACUGAAGCAAAAGAAAAUGCAGGCCUAUCUGCGUUUCAGAGUGAGGUAGUUCAAUUGGCAGCUGUUCUAAAUGGGGACCAUUUCUUGAGCAGUUUCCCCGAUGAAAUGAGCAAGAAGAUGAGUGUGAAGGAAGCUCAUGAGUACGUUCGAGGGGCUGUUUCAAGGUUCAUAAGAGCUAGCAAAGAGGCCAUCAAGUUAGGGGCUGAUGAAUCUGCUAUUGUGGAUAUGAGAUCCUCUCUCACUACUAGAUCUUCAAUUCAUAAUUAAUACAAACCAAAAAGGAAAGUUGUGCGGCUAUAUCUGUAUCUAAUUAUUAUAGUCUUUAGGUUAUAUGAUAAUUCUUAUGCUAGAUUUUGUUAGGGUUGUGAAAGUGGAAUGCAAUAGAAGAGGAAGGGUGUUUGCCAAUUACUAGUGUUAUGAGUUGGUCGUGCAAGGACGGAAGCUCUGAUGGUCUCUGUUUGAAAGAAUUAAAUUAAAAAAAAAAAAAUCAAGAGAAUGAUGGCAUGGCUAGAGAGUAAUUUCAAAAAAGAAAACUCCAAUGCUGCUGUACAAAGUACAAACUCGUAUAAUAUAAAUGUUGCUCCAUAAUUUUGUUUUGAA